GUGAGUGCGAUAUUCUUUAAAUGCAUAGGUAAUUAUUUAAUUACUUAUGAUAAAUUAAUUAUUUAAGAUAGUAAUUAUCACAACAAAGACGGCAAUGAAAUACAUUACCAAAAAUAGACAAGCGGCCCUGUGAUUUAUCACUAACGUUAAACUUAACGUGCAGGCAAUCUGUAGAAAACGUUUUUUGGCAGAUAAUCUGCACGUUAAGUUUAUCAUUUCUGAUACAUCACAGGGCUGAAUGUAGGUUGUAGGUAGUACCGACAUGUUGGUAGUCGUUUAGUGAGACCAUUGAGUAAUAAAUAUUAUUCAAUGGUAUAUUAUUCAAUGGUAGGACGAAAGUGUUUACUGAGAUUCAUAUUUUGCUUCGCGUAUCUCUGUGAAUAUGACCAAUCAGAAUAGCUAACCGCCAUUGAUACGGAAAUAAAAUCACUUUACCUCCACUCCUUUCUGUUCCUUCAGCACUUCAUGAAAUGUCUCCAUAGCAGUCAUGCUGUCGUAAAAUGAACCAAGGGAGUCGUAGAAGAACGCAUACUUCGUGAUAAUCCCUUGCGCCCUAGAACAAAAGAAGGAAAAUGAAUUAUAAUGUGUAAUUUGCUCAGGUUUUCAAUCAAAAAUUUAAGUUUGACAUUGAUUACCACAUUAAGGUCAAUACAAUGGAUAUGUGCCUCAAUUGCAAUUUUACCCAAUUUUAAGAACUUAGCAGCGGAAUUCAUACAAACCACACAAGGUUGCCAUUAAUGCAUAAAGGCCACUUCACAAAGUUACAGAUUCAUUAUUAAGUAAGUUUGUCUGCCAAUUAAAUAGUUAUUAUCAUGUUGUAAAGAAAACGGGAAAAUUCCGAUUGCUUCCAAAGAUAUUUCACAGCACAAACCGCAAUUUCCCGAUUUAUUUUUUGUUUUUUUCUGAUAUCAUUUCAACAGAUACAAACAAAAUUUCAUUGCCACUAGUUUGUUAUCAAUACAACGUUUCGUUUCGAAGAAAUGAUCAUCAAUUUUAUUUUUUAUAUGACCCGCAUUUUUAGCGCAUUUUUGGAAAAAAAUACGCUAUUAUAUUCCAUAAGGCUGGCUGGCUGCCCGACUGAGAACUCAGCAAUUACAAUAGCUAGAGACUUCAAAUGUUCGCUAAAAGCUUUCUGUUAUAGUGUAGAUGUGCAGGCACUAUUCUAUUUUGAGUUAGAUCUCACGUGAGAUCGAUAAUUUUAAACUUUGCUAAUAAAAUACUGAUCUGCAUUACCAAAAAUGCAUAAUAUUAUGCUGAUUUACAACUUGUUUAUUACGAAUACAAUAGUCUGGGCAAGAAAUUCAGUAAAGCGCAUUGUAAACGUUCUAACAACAAAUCGUGAGAAAGAUUUUAAUGUGUUUUUAGGACACUGCUGAAUCCGAUUUCGCCUGUCACCACCUCGAAUUCUCAAAUCAAGACAGCAGUCAAAAUGGCGGCUAAAACUCACUUUAACAUUUUUAACAAGAAUGUCAUCAUGAGUUUUAUGUAACGUAUACGUGUUUCCACUUAUUACUAUAUUAUGAAACAUUUUGAAGCAACAAAAAUUAAGAUGAAGGCUGAAAUGGCGCUCCAAAUACCGAGUUUUCUAGUAUUCUUGAUUUAGUUUACUUUAAGUGAGCAAAAAUUUUGCUUUUUUGCAAAAUCGGAUUCGGCAGGGUCCAAAACGCCCAGAUACCAUGUGUAUUUCCCGAUUUCCCUCACAGCGUCGACAUCGGGGAAUCCUAGCUUUGAUUGAAAAAAAUUAAAAAGGUUCAAAUAAUUACAAUAAAUACAAAGAAUUUUAAAUAGCUUUUUGGACUUUAUUUUUUAAAAUCUCCAUUGAAUCUUUCUCGAUUGACAUUUUUUUAUUUUUUCAGAAAUGUCCAUCGUCUCUUUUUGGAUUGAAUUUUUUAGUGUUAUAUUUUAGAAAAGCGGAUUUAAUAUGCAAUCGUUUUUAACCAAUAAAGGUCGAAGUAACAGAUUCGCAGAUAAGUAGUAAAAACUGACAUAAGUUUCAGUCUGAUUAACGACAUGCCAUUUUCAAAGCAAAAAUUACUUAUGCUAAUCUUCCAAUAUAAAUUGGCGGAAUCUAAGUGGUAAACACUAACAAAUUAAAGGCCAUACUAAAGAUUAUGGAGGGCAUGUCCUUAAGGAACAGGGACAGGAACUUUGGAAAUGGUUUAAAUUAUACAGGGUGUUACAUUUAAGUCCGAUAACUUUUUACCUGGCCUCGUAUACUUAUAUUGAAAACGGCAGAUUAUUCAAGAAUAAUUUGAAAGAAACUUUUGUAAUAAACCUUUCUCUGUACUUAUCUCUUUCAGCUAUGAACCGGUAAUUCUGAAAUUGAGUUUUUUUUUAUUUCUUCUCGUAUCUUUAAGCGAGCGAAUAUUUUAAAAUUUUGAUUUUACUAUUAAGUUUGGCCCAAAAAGAGCACAUGACCCCUAUAUUACUUUUUUGAUAUCACUAACAACUCCCCUACAAAAGUGUUAAGAAUUUCCACCCCGUUAACAACAAUGAAACUGCACAUUACUCCGUUGUUGCAGUCACCUCAUCAGGAUGCACGAUUGUUGUCUCAAAUCGUCUUCCGUUUGUCUUGCAGAGGGAUGAAAAUGGACGGUUGUUUAGAAAGGCGAGUGCUGGCGGUUUGGUGACUGCUAUGGCGCCCGUGGUUAUUAACGAUGGUGGAUAUUGGGUAGGAUGGCCAGGUAUACAUCUGGAUGACCGCAAUGAGUCCAUUCCCGAGUCGGAUCCUAGUGAUAUUACUCCCACAGCUGGAUUAAAGUCUGAUAAGGUAGUUCCAGUUCACAUAGGUUCCACAAAAUUUAAUGAUUACUACAAUGGUUGCUGCAAUGCCACAUUGUGGCCGUUAUUUCUCUCAAUGCCAGAUAGAGCAGUAUUUAGUCGCGACCAUUGGAAAGCAUACGUCGAAGUCAACAAGGAAUUCGCAGACCGCACAUUCGAAACGCUCAAAAAAGUCUAUAACUCGAACUCGGGCAAUCGAGACGAUGCUCCCUUAGUGUGGAUACACGAUUAUCAUCUGACUAUUGCACCGAAUUGGAUACGAGAGGCGGCUACAGACGAGGACAUAGGUUGUAAGAUAGGUUUCUUCCUCCACAUUCCGUUCCCGUCUUGGGAUAUAUUUCGAUUACUCCCAUGGGCCGAUGAAAUACUACAAGGAAUGUUAGCGUGCGACAUGGUAGGGUUUCACAUUACCGACUACUGCCUCAACUUCGUCGACUGUUGUCAACGAUGUUUAGGUUGUCGAAUUGAUAAGAAAAAUCUAAUGGUUAAGCACGUCGGCAGGACCGUACGUGUGCGGGCUUUGCCCAUUGGAAUACCGUACGAGAGGUUUGUGCAAUUAGCCGAGAAGGCACCCAAAGUAUUAUCGACCAACCAGAAAAUUAUUUUGGGAGUAGACCGGUUGGAUUACACAAAGGGUUUGGUGCAUCGUUUUUUGUCCUUUGAGUCACUUUUGGAAAACUUUCCCGAGCAUCGUGAAAAAGUUUCGUUUCUUCAAAUUGCGGUACCCUCGCGCACUGAUGUUAAAGAGUAUCAAGAUCUGAAAGAAGAAAUAGAUCAACUCGUCGGGCGAAUUAAUGGAAAGUUCAGUACGCCGAAUUGGGCACCGAUCAGAUACAUUUACGGCUGCGUAACUCAGGACGAACUCGCCGCCUUUUAUCGAGAGGCGGCCGUCGGGCUAGUGACACCAUUACGAGAUGGAAUGAAUUUGGUUGCCAAAGAAUUUGUCGCCUGUCAAUUAAACGUCCCCCCAGGUGUGCUGAUCGUGUCAUCUUUUGCGGGUGCCAGUGAAACCAUGCACGAGGCAAUCAUCUGCAAUCCGUACGAGAUCGAAGGCGCAUCUGAAUGUCUGCACCGAGCACUCACAAUGCCCGAGGACGAACGAAUACUAAGAAUGAAUUACUUGCGAAGGCGCGAGAAACUCAACGAUGUUUACUAUUGGAAAAGAUCGUUUUUACAGGCGAUCGGUUCUUUGGUUACGCAAAAUGAGGAUGAGAGCAUCGACAAUGUAACUAUUCCCGAAGUUACUCUGGACGAUUUCGACGAGUAUCUCGUAAAAUACUUCGGGAACAAUCACAAACUUGCGUUGCUAUUAGACUACGAUGGUACCUUGGCUCCAAUAGCUCCACAUCCUAAUCUCGCAAUACUACCAACGGAAACAAAAAAUGUAUUGCAAAGGUUGUCGAAUAUGCCAGACUGUUAUAUAGCGGUAAUUUCUGGAAGAAACGUCAACAACGUUAAGGACAUGGUUGGAAUUGAAGGGAUAACUUACGCAGGUAGUCACGGGUUGGAGAUUUUACAUCCGGAUGGGAGCAAAUUCGUACACCACAUACCUACGGAAAUGCAAUCGAGGUUGUCGGAACUCCUGCAGCAGUUGCAGGAGCACUUCUGCAGAGAUGGCGCCUGGGUUGAAAACAAGGGGGCCGUACUCACAUUCCAUUUCCGCGAAACUCCCGCUCACUUACGGACCCAGCUAGAGCGACAGGCGAAAAUUUUAAUAGAGGGAGCUGGGUUUAUUGCGGCGAAAUCCCUUUGCGCCUUGGAAGCUCGUCCGCCUGUCGAGUGGAAUAAAGGCAGGGCUUCGAUUUACAUCUUGCGCACGGCUUUUGGUGUGGAUUGGAGCGAGCGUAUUAGAAUUAUUUACGCCGGCGACGACACCACUGAUGAAGAUGCUAUGGUGGCUUUGAAAGGUAUGGCGGCGACAUUUAGAGUGAUAAACUCUCCAAUUACAAAGACCUCGGCGGAACGCCGAUUGUCAUCUACCGAUUCAGUCCUAACACUUUUAAAAUGGGUUGAAAGGCACUUGAACGGGCGAAAACCACAGCAAAAUGACACACGCAAGAAUUCAAAUUCGCCCAAGGAAGGCGCGCAGAUGGAGAUGUCAUUUGUACAGCCGUCACCAGCGUAAACGACACUUCACAAAACAAUUUUUUAGGAAGAAAAUUAUAUUAGGAGUGCGAAAUAUUUUUUAUCAAUGUUUCAUGGUGUAACAGUUUCUUACAAUAUAGGGGUACCCUUGAUCAUA